AUGCCGCCACAGAAAAGCUUGAUUGCCGAAUUGCUGGAGAAGCAAGCGAAAAUCGAGCAAGAGGCACGCAAGCCAGCGGUCGCUCCACCUCGCCCACGCAACAGCGCCUACUGUGACGUGGAUUUACAGAUCAGCGUAGGCAUUCUUUUCCUCUCCACUGCACUAGGUAAGUCAUCACAGGCAGUACGAGAUGCUCGCUUCGUAGUGGAACGAAGUCAGUUUGAAGUGGGUCGAGCAAAAAUUUUGCGACGAAAUUAA